AUGCCGGAUCUUCUUCCCCAAGAUACUGAUGUAAUGUGGCUAAGGAACCCACUUUCAAGGCUAAGCAUUUAUAACGAAAGUGUGGACCUCCAAAUUAGUACCGAUUGGUUCAAUGGAGACCCGCAAUCUGAAAAAAAUGCCAUCAACACUGGCUUCUACUAUGUUAGAUCAAACAACAAGACCAUCUCAUUGUUUGAUGCAUGGUAUGGCAGGAAAGACAAUUCUACAGGCAAAAAGGAGCAAGAUGUGCUCUUUGACCUGAUGAAAGAAGGCAUUUUUGGGCGAUUGGAACUUCAUGCAAGGUUCCUGGACACUGUCUACUUUAGUGGGUUUUGCACAGAUAGCAAAGAUAUUAAGGCAGUUAUCACUGUCCAUGCUAACUGUUGUCGGAGUAUAAAUGCCAAGGUUAAGGAUUUAACUGCUGUCCUUCGUGAUUGGAAGAAGUUUAAGGCAACUAGUGCAAAAGCAGCUGCGGCUCGUAGUAAUGUAACUGUGCCUUUCAGAUGGACAGGACACUUCGGAUGUUGGAAUUCUUGGAACACUAAAGUUUAG